AUGGCGAUCUGUACUUAUAACGUACGUACGCUUGCAUCGGAAGCGGCCAUCGAAGAUCUGAUGAUGCAAGCCAAGAAGAUCAAGUACGACGUCAUCGAACUGACCGAGACGAGACGACGUCACCCUCUCAACGCCGUAUAUGAAACUGGAGAAGAACUGUUCUUAGGAAAAUGCGACAGUAGAGGUGUUGGUGGAGUUGGCGUCCUCGUCAACACGAGUAUGGCAAAAAAUAUCGACUCUUUUGAACAACUUACGACCCGAAUCGGACGUCUGCGGAUGAGAAGAUGUGGCCCAAUACCAGCCUUGACUAUCUUCGUCGCUUACGCUCCAACAUCAAGCUACGAAGAAGAAGAAGUCGAAGCUUUCUAUAUGGACCUGGAGAAGUUCUACCGAGAAGACCAUGCCUUCUACAAGGUCAUAAUUGGCGAUUUCAACGCUAAGGUUGGCCCAAGAAGGAACUUCACAUCGGGACCCACGGCCUACAAUGGAAUGACCAGGGAGAGAGGCUCUCCGAGUUCAUCAUGGCGACCAAGACCAUCCAUGGGAACUCGCAAUUCCAGAAGCCCUCCUCUCUACCCUGGACGUGGGAAUCACCCGGUGGAGGAGAGAGAGAGAAAUCCCAGGACUACCAUCAAUUGGGAUCUCUUCGCUACGCUAGCCGGCUUUUGGGAAGAUUCCGCAACGGACAACAUCGACGAGGAAUAUGACCGGCUUGUUGAACAACUUCUUCACGACUGCGCGAAGAAGGCUGAGAGUUUUAAAACCACCAAGAGGCGCCUGUCUCUUGAAACUCUUGAGCUGAUACGCCAGCGUGGAGCAGCACGAGCCGCAGGGAACCAAGAACUCACGUCCGAGCUCGUAAGGCUUUGCAGAGAGGCGAUAAAGGAAGACCUUAAAGAGUUAAGAGCAGAAGUGCUGGCUGAAGCUGCAGAGGCGGGGAAAAGCAUCCGCUAUGCCCGUCGAGACUUCGCCAGUCGCAAGACGAGGAUGACUGCUCUCUGGAACCCAAACGGAACAGCCAUUGCAUCGAGAAGGGGGAUGGAGAAAAUCAUCUACGACUUCCACUCUGAUCUCUUCGACAGCCAUGUCCACUUGCCUCCUCACUAUCUGAGGGAAGAUGGACAAGUCAUUCCAGUGGUUCUCCCGUCCGAAAUACGACAUGCUAUCAUGUCGGUAAGAAAUCGUACGGCACCCGGUCCCGACAGAAUAAGACCAGAACACCUGAAGAGCCUUCCGCCAGUACUCAUCAACACCCUGGCGAGGCUCUUUACACGUUAUCUGUCGGAAUGCAAGGUUCCUAAACAGUGGAAGACCAGCGAAACCGUGUUGCUGUAUAAAAAGGGAGAUCCACAUGACAUCAGCAAGUAUCGUCCAAUCUGCCUACUGUCCGUCAUCUACAAGCUCUUUACAAGAGUAAUCCUUAAUAGGUUUGAAAAAGUCUUGGAUGAAGGACAGCCAUGCGAGCAAGCAGGGUUUCGAAAAAGAUUCAGCACGAUUGACCACAUUCACACUGUUUCGAAACUCAUCGAGGUAUCACGAGAGUACAAGAUGCCGCUCUGUCUCACCUUCAUCGACUUGAAAAAGGCCUUCGACUCAGUUGAGACGGAAGCGGUCGUGGAAGCCUUGGACAACCAAGGCGUCCCUACUCAGUACAUAAAGGUACUUCGAGAGUUGUACAGUAACUUCACGACCGGAAUUUCGCCAUUCUACAAGAACAUCAUCAUUGACGUGAAGAGGGGAGUCCGACAGGGUGAUACAAUUUCACCCAAAAUAUUCACAGCCACCCUCGAGAACGCAAUGCGAAAGUUGGAAUGGGACGACAUGGGAGUGAAGGUUGAUGGUCGGCAGCUACACCAUUUGCGCUUUGCUGAUGACAUCGUACUGAUAACACCUAGCAUCAGCCAAGCGGAACGAAUGCUGACCGAAUUCGACGAAACAUGUGGAUGCAUCGGUCUUCAGCUGAAUCUACAAAAGACGAUGUUCAUGCGGAACGGAUGGGUCUCGGAUGCCCCAUUCACGCUCAACGGAACGAACAUAUCCGAAUGCACCAGCUACGUUUAUCUGGUGAAGAAGACCAGGAACACCCGGCUCCGUGCUCACCUCUUCAACACCACCGUACUUCCUGCUUUGACCUAUGUUUCGGAAACCUGGGCAUUUCGCAAGCAGGAAGAAAACGCUGUGAGCGUCAUUGAACGCGCAAUUGAGAGAGUGAUGCUAGGAGUAUCCCGUUUCACGCAAGUGAGGGACGGGAUUCGAAGUUCUCUCCUACGUCAGCGAUCGAAGAUUAGAGACGCCGCCGCGUUUGCCAAGGAAAGUAAAAUAAGGUGGGCCGGACACGUGAUGCGCUUUAAUGACGACCGUUGGACCAGAGCCGUGAGCGACUGGGUUCCCCGCGAUAUUAAGCGCACUACAGGAAGACUGCCGACCCGAUCACGAUCAGAUUUCUUCACGAAGUCCUUCAAAGAAAAAUAUGAUGCUCUUCGUGUCUCACGCGAAAGGAGGAACCACUGGGCUACUCUGGCACGCGAUCGGGACAAAUGGAAGAAUUACUGGCGCCCGCUCGACCAGUUCGAAGAUCAACGGGAGUCAAGGUGA